GAACCCCUUUCUGUAAAAUUUGUGAGACCCAAGUCUUAGUAACUACUAAGCUAGUAGCUACUGUUUCCUUCCUUGGACCAUUGUGUCUUUAUCUGCUUCAUCUGUUUUAAAGGCUUUUGGUAAAACUGAUACCCAAGUUAAUUCUACACAGAAGCAGGCAGGCAUGGAUGAAACUGAAACAUCAGGUGGUGUGCCAGAGAAUGUAUCCACACGUAUGCUGGAGGUGCAGAUUAUAUCUCUGGAAAAACAGAGGCAAGAGCUUUUGGCAGUGAACAAUCAAUGGGAUCAACAGUUCAGGCAGAUGAAGCAGUACUAUGAACAAAAGGUCACAGAACUGAAAACAAAACGUGAAAUAAUGCAAAAGAGUGUCAAGGAUCUGGAAAAGGAAAGGCACCAAGUGCAGAAAGAAUGUCAAAGGCUGGAAGCCCUGGCAAGGGAUCAGUACUUACAGGAAAUGAGAGACAAAGAAACCCUUAAGGAAGAGAACAGGCUUCUGAAAGAAGAAACUGCCUUGGCAAAUGCAAAGAAAAUACAUUAUGAAUGUGAAAUUAAUCGCCUCAACAAGGCCCUUCUGGAUGCCUUGAACAACCACAAAGUAUCCUCACAUGUCCCUAAUGUGGAUGAAUUAGACAGAAAUUGUAGACAGGAUGAGAUGCAGAUGCAAAUGGAAGUCCUCAGACAACAGGUUCAAAUAUAUGAAGAAGAUUUUAAAAAAGAAAGAUCUGAUAGAGAAAGACUUAAUGAAGAGAAAGAAGCACUGCAGAGAAUUAACAAGAGGACGCAGUCUCAAUUGAAAAAGCUAAAUUCUCAGGCCAGAGAAGUCGAAGCACUGCCAGAGCAUCACGGCUUUCCACAUCAGAUGUUUGUUCCUCCUUGUCUUAGCUGCAAGAACUGUGGGCUAUUUCACCCUUACCCUGAAUCCCGGAUAAAACUGGCCCCAUGUGGCAUUAAUAGAACAGUGCUGUCCCCAGUAAUACUUCCUGUCAUUACUUCUACUUCACAAAGCUGAAACAGGAAAAAAAAUCAGCAUUUCAC